GUGCUGAUCAUCGGUGGCGGCGACGGGGGAGUGCUGCGAGAGGUGGUGAAACACCCGACCGUGGAGUCCGUGGUGCAGUGCGAGAUCGAUGAGGAUGUGAUCCAGGUAUCUAAGAAGUACCUCCCAGGGAUGGCAGUGGGGUAUUCCAGUGCAAAGCUAACCUUGCACGUGGGAGAUGGUUUUGAGUUCAUGAAACAAAAUCAAGAAGCCUUUGAUGUGAUUAUCACGGACUCGUCUGACCCCAUGGGUCCUGCAGAAAGCUUAUUCAAAGAGUCUUACUACCAGCUGAUGAAGACAGCCCUGCGAGAAGAUGGGAUUCUUUGCUGCCAAGGUGAGUGCCAGUGGCUGCACCUGGAUCUCAUUAAGGAGAUGCGUCAGUUCUGCAAGUCUCUGUUCCCUGUGGUGGAAUACGCCUAUUGCACCAUCCCCACGUAUCCCAGCGGGCAGAUUGGCUUCAUGCUCUGCAGCAAGAACCCGAACACGAAUUUCCGGGAGCCUGUGCAGCAGCUCUCACAGCAGCAAGUAGAGGAGAGGAGUCUGAAAUACUACAACUCUGACAUCCAUCGGGCAGCUUUCAUUCUGCCGGAGUUUGCACGGAAGGCCCUGAGUGACGUGUGAGGCUGAGAAGCUGCUUCCUUCCUUCAAGUUGGACCUGAGAUCAUCAGUGACGUGGUUGGGACCUUCCCAGCAGACUGCAGAUUUGCUCUCCACUGUGUGGGAUUGUUUAACCCUUUGCCAGCCAACACUCCCUUUGAUGAUGUGUUAAAGAUGAUGGUGCAUAAGCCAGAUAAGACUAUUGAAAAGGUCCGCUGACUUAUUGCGUGAGGUCAAAACUGUUCUUUCCAGUGCUGGAAACGUAAGAUGUCUUUUUCCUUUCUCUCCAUUCUGAAUUCUCCCCUCCCUGUGGCCCCCAUCCCACCUCCAUCCCCUGCAACUGACAUGAUGUAUUUAUAACUGACAUGUAUUUCUGUCUGGUGAUCUUCUGAAACCUGGGGAGAGUGCAGAAGGGUCACUGCCUCAGCCUUAAGCACAGAGAGCAAGAGCUUUGUGCACAGAGUUGUUGCUCUCUCCUGAUAGGAGCUCCCUGCUGCUGAGACGGUUUGACUGGUAACGGGUCUG